AUGAAUAAUACAUCUGCGCUUUAAUAAACAAUACACAAUUAUUGUUUAUAAUCAUAUUCUGCAGGAGAUUUUACGGUAUUAAUUCAAUUUGAUUAUUAAUAGAAGAAUCAAUAAGUUUUAGAACAAUUAAGAAAAUUCAUUUUGGAUUGGAAUAAUUUACAAAUAUUAAGAAACAUUAUAGAAAUUGAUUGUAAAUAAGAAACUACUUUUGUGAUUUACUCAUUACUUCAAAAAGCAAUAGCUUCAGGUUAUAAAUUUAUUAAUGUACUUUCAAUUCCAUAGAGAUAAUCUUAAAGUUAUGAAGAAUAUGAAAGGUGUAUAUAAAUGAUAAAUAUUUUAGUAAUGAAAGAAAACAUUAUACUACAAUUGUAACAACUCAUUUGGAUAUUGUGGUAAAUUAUUUUUCAAAAGGUUUACAACAUCAAACUUAUGUUUAAAAUACUGUUUUGUUUGCCUUAGCUUUUAUGAUGAGAAAAUAUUGGUCUGAAAUAAUAGCUCCAGAAUAAAUGGUGGAAAAACUUAUUAACACAUUUUUUUAAACUUAAAAUUUUUAAAUUUUAACUUUAGGAUGCAAACUAUUUGAUAAUAUAUUAAGUUGUGUUCGCUAAUAUUAUUAUGCAACUGGUUAUCUAGAAUUUAGAAAAGUCAUGAUGGGCUUUCAAAGGUUAUUAUUAGUAUAAUUAAUAUUCUUAGAUAAUCCUUAUCAACUUUAUUAGAGCAUACUCAUAAACUUGUCUAAAAUUCAUUAAAAAUGGGAACCUUCUUACAAAUUUAUUAAUUAGACAAAUCUUAUGCUGAUUAAUUAAUUUAAUUACUUAAUUCAUUCUUAACAUUUAAUUUCAAUCUAAGUUUCUAUGAAAUUGAUGUUGAUCAUGAUACUAAAGAAAAUUUCAUAAUCAGUGUAUAAAAUAAUAAAAUUAUAGUUUCCUGAUUCUUAUUUUAAAAUAAUUAAUGAUGAAAAAUUGAAUCAAGAGUAUUUUAGAGCAAUUAUUGAAUUUUAUUCUAUAGAUUAAACCAUAUCAAUUAAAAUACUUAGUAUAAUAUAGAGAAUUUCAUCUGCAAGAUUAUCAUUAUUUAUUUCAAAGCAUAAUUUUAAAAAAAUUGUUAGACGAACUCUUUGGGAAGGUUUACUUUUCCUGUUAAGUAAUUAUGAAUUAUAUUUAAACAACAUUGAUUUUUUUAAUGAAGUUUGUUCUUUUGCUAUAAGAUUAGUUGUAUGUUUGUAUAAGUUAUUUAUUAGUCAAAUUUUACUUUAAAAAAACUAAGAAAAUUUUAGGAUUUGUUUGAUUAAUGUGUAAAAUAAUUAAAUUAAAUAAAUCAAAGAAUUCUCAAUAAUUAAGGAAUAAAACUAUCUUCAAAUAGCGUUUUCAUUAAACUAUAGGAAGUUUGGCAUCAAUUUUUAUUCUAAAUUAAUAUAUAUAGUUCUCAAUAUUUACAAUAAUUUGAACUACUUUAAAAUUCUGUCAAUAUGAGUUUUAAGUUAUUAAUCCAUGCAUUUUAUAAUGGAAAUCCAUUUUCUGAAAUACCAUCCAAUUAUCCUAUUAAAAAAAUAAAAAAGUACUUAGACAAAAGCUUUCAUUUGUGUAUUUAAGUUUAUCAACAAAAUACAGUUGAAUGUAUAAAUCUGAUUUCCGAAUUAUUAAAAAAUUUACCCAUUUAUGUAUAAAAUAAUAAAUUAUAUUAGCAAGUAUAAACAUUAUAACCAUAAGAACAAUUAAUUACAUUAUGUAAAUAAUUAAUCAAAUUAUAGAAAAAUUUAGUGCUUUAUUAUGUUUAAUUUCUGCUCUUGUUUUAAGUCCAGCCUAAUUAGAAUUACUAAGUGGAGAAUCAUAAUUUCACUUAAACAAAUAAGAAGGUCACCCUUAAGCUUGUAUGUUAUUAUAAGGAGUUCUUAACUUGAUUGCAUUUACAAAUAAAAUUAACAUUCCAGCAGAUGUAAAAAUAAUCUAAUAUGAAAAUAGAAUUAUGUUUGCAAACUUUAUCACACUAGUAUUCUCAUAUUUAUUCACACAUAUAUAUCUUAAACUAUAGAGAAUCUAUAUUAUGAAGAGACAUAAAAAAUAGUCAUAUCUUAAUCGUAAUUGUAAUUAUUUAGAUUAAUAAUAGAUCAAUGAGUUUGGGAAAAGAUAAUUAAAUAUAAUCAAAUUAUUUAAUAGUUAUAGAGAAUUGUUUAGAGAAAUGGUAAUUAAUAUAUUUGAAAUAAAUUUAAGUUUUUAAAUAUUUACUUUUCACGAUCCUGACUUAGUGGAAUAUAGUUUUAUAAUUUUGUAAUACACAUAUGAAAAGUAUUUUUUUAUUUCUAUUUUAGAUUAAAGAGAUAACUUGAUAGAAGAUUUUUUAGAUAGAGUUCUAUAAGUAGUAUGUUAAAACAAUUUUUCUUAUAGAUGGAUUUAACAUGUUUUAAUGAAGUUUAAUAUAUAAAAAAAAGAAAAUAAGUUUACAAAUUAGUUUCUUUAGUUUGGGUUGAUGAUUUAUUUGAUGAUUAUGUUCCAGCAUUAGUUGAAAUUUAUAACUAAAUAAAAAAAUCUCUAACAAAUGAAACUAAUAAAAUAAAUAUGCUAAAAUAUUUGUGGGAUAUGAUUGGAGUAGUAGAUGAAUUAGAAGUAGAUAAUAUAUAUAGAGUAUUCUUAAGAAUUGUGUAAUAAUAAAAAAUUAUAAAAAUAGUUUUUCUGAUUUAUCAUCUCUUUUGUCAACUGACAACACUCAAAUAUUUGUAAAAGAUUAUGAUUCAUCUUUAGGAUUAACUGCACUAUUAUGUUCAAUAUUUAAAAAUAAGUAAGAUAAUAAUUUUAAUUAAUUUUAGAAAUACACGAUUAUCAAGUGAAAAUAUAUAAAUUCUACUUUAUUAAAUUUAUGGUAAAGCUACAACCUUUUUUAUUACUUCUAUUGAUUAUUUAUUAUUAUCAGUUUAAACUAGUUUACAAUAAGGUGAGUAAGUGAAGGAUGGUAUAUUGAAGACAGCUGCAAAAUUGUUAAAAGUUAUGGGAUAGAUUUCGAAUUCUAAACAAAUUAAUUAAGGAUUUUUUGUAAUCUACUAAGAUUCAUCAUAUUUAAGCUUGUUCAAAAAAUAAUUAUAACUUAUAACUGUCUUUAAACCUUUAUUUCUUAAUUUGAUAAAAUAUAAAAAGUAUUUGUUUGAAUGUUUGGAAGGAAUCUGUUCAGAACACAGUGAAACAUUAGCUUAUCGAUGUGGUUCAGAUGUUUAUUUAGAAUUGUUAAUUAUAUCAGAAAGUACAUUAAAAGAAAUAUUAAAUUUUAAAUAACUUAAAGGUGAAGAAUAAAUUAAUGAAGAAGCAUUUUAAUUAUCAUAAAUUGCUAGCAUACUAUGCAAUGUGAUGCAAUUUUUAAUAUAAGAAGGAGUUAUUGGUGAAUAAGUUGAUAUAGAAAUGAUAAAGAAAAAAACAUUAGAAGUUUACACUAUCGGCAAAACUGUUUUAAAUUCCAUUUUUUCAUUAGCCUUUACAAUUAUUGUUGCAUUUCCUAAAAUUUUAAAAUUUUCAACUCCCAAUAGCGAAAUUAUAUUUGCAAUUUCUUUAUUUAAUCCAAUUGAGGUAUAUAUUUAACUUAAUUUAGUAUUAAUAAUUACUGGUUCAAUUAGUUUAAGAAUAUAAAAAUACUCUUGUAUUGCCAAUGUAAACUCUAGAGUUAAUUUCAUUAGGAUAUUAAGGUAUAUUAAAUAACUUUAAUUAGUUUUGAACAACUAUUUGAAUAGUACUACAAAAGAGUUAUUUACUAAAUAAAUAAAAUAAGCAUUAGAAUAUAUUUGUUCAUAAGAAGAAAUAUGA